AUCCAGGAUGAGAAGAUUGAUAAAAGAAGCUAGCUGAGCAGCUGUAAGAUGCCCAAAUCUGGGUUCACAAAACCAGUUCAGAGUGAAAAUUCUGACAGUGACAGCAAUAUGGUAGAGAAACCAUGUGGAAAAAAGAGUAAAGACAAGAUUGCAUCCUAUAGCAAAACACCAAAAAUUGAUCGAAGUGAUGUGGGAAAGGAGAUGAAAGAGAAAUCAUCCAUGAAACGUAAACUUCCCUUUACUAUUAGCCCAUCAAGAAAUGAAGAACAAGAUUCAGACACAGAUUCAGAUCCAGGACAUACAAGUGAAAAUUGGGGGGAGAGACUUAUAUCUUCUUACAGGACAUAUUCAGAGAAAGAAGGUCCAGAAAAGAAGAAGACAAAAAAGGAAGCUGGAAAUAAGAAAUCCACACCAGUUAGCAUUCUUUUUGGUUAUCCACUCUCUGAGAGAAAGCAGAUGGCACUUCUUAUGCAGAUGACAGCAAGAGACAACAGUCCAGAUUCUACACCAAAUCAUCCGUCACAAACAACACCAACCCCCAAAAAAACUGCUAGUUCCUCAUCUCGACAAAAAGAUAAAGUUAAUAAAAGAAAUGAGCGUGGUGAAACUCCUUUACACAUGGCAGCUAUUCGAGGAGAUGUGAAACAAGUUAAAGAAUUAAUAAGUUUAGGGGCAAAUGUGAAUGUGAAAGAUUUUGCAGGUUGGACACCACUGCAUGAAGCUUGCAAUGUUGGGUAUUAUGAUGUUGCUAAGAUACUUAUAGCAGCUGGAGCAGAUGUUAACACACAAGGAUUAGAUGAUGAUACUCCACUUCAUGAUUCUGCUAGUAGUGGGCACAGAGAUAUAGUGAAACUAUUACUUCGUCAUGGUGGAAACCCAUUUCAAGCUAAUAAGCACGGGGAGCGUCCAGUGGAUGUAGCAGAAACAGAGGAGUUGGAAUUGCUGCUCAAAAGAGAGGUGCCUUUAUCAGAUGAUGAGGAGAGCUACACAGAUUCCGAAGAGGCUCAAUCUAUAAAUCCUUCCAGUGUUGAUGAAAAUAUUGACUCUGAAACAGAGAAAGACUCUCUCAUCGGUGAAAGCAAACAAAUAAUUUCCAAUAAAGCACCUCUUCCAUCUGCCCUUGAUGAGUAUGAGUUCAAAGAUGAUGAUGAUGAAGAAAUAGAUAAAAUGAUUGAUCAUAGGCAUAUUCUUAGGAAAGAACUACGAAAAGAGAAUGAAUCUGAAAUAGAAAAAAAUCAUUUAUUUACAAAACAGGAAAAAACUUUCUAUCCUAAAUCAUUUAAAAAUAAGAAACAAAAGUCAUCUAGAGUUUUAUAUUCAAGUUCUGAAAGUUCAGAUGAAGAAGUUCUUCAAAUUAAAAAGAUUUCUACUCCAUGUUCUGGCCCUGAAACAUCAAAUUCUGACAUACAAGCCAAAAAGGAAUACAUGGCAUCAAAUGAGCACAAACAGAAAGGCAAAGUUAAAAGAAAAUUAAAGAACCAGAACAAAAACAAAGAGAAUCAAGAGCUGAAGCAAGAAAAAGAUGGGAAAGAAAACACCAGAGUAACAAACUUGACAGUUAAUUCUGCAUUAGAUUGUUCAGAGAAGACCAGAGAGGAAGGGAAUUUUAGGAAAUCAUUUAGCCCAAAAGAUGACAGUUCAUUGCAUUUAUUUCAUAUUUCCACUGGUAAAUCUCCUAAACAUUCUUGUGGACUAAGUGAAAAGCAGUCAACACCACAAAAACAAGAUCAUACUAAAAUAUGUUUAUCGCCAGGAAGUUCUGAAAUGUCAUUACAGUCUGACCUUGUUCGCUAUGACAAUACAGACUCUGAAUUCUUGCCAGAAAGCUCAAGUGUAAAAUCAUGUAAGCAUAAGGAAAAGAGCAAAAAUCAGAAAGAUUUCCACUUAGAAUUUGGUGAAAAGUCAAGCACCAAAAUAAAGGAAGAAGAUCAAAGUCCAACAUUUGAUCAUUCAGACUGCACACUGAAAAAGAUGGAUAAAGAAGGUAAAACAUUUAAAAAGCACAAACUGAAACAUAAAGAAAGAGAAAAAGAAAAGCAUAGAAAAGAAACAGAUGGUGAAAAGGAAAAAUACAGAAAUAAGGAUGGUGCUAAAGAGCUGCAGAGGAAUGUGGAAUUUGAUAGAGAAUUUUGGAAAGAAAAUUUUUUUAAAAGUGAUGAAACUGAGGAUCUGUUUUUAAAUAUGGAACAUGAGAACCUAACCUUAGAAAAAAAAUUAAAGUUGGAGAAAACCAUAAAAGAUGAUAGAUCAGCCAAAGAAAAGCAGAUCUCAAAAGAAAAGAUUUUUAAAGAAGAACGGGAAAAGAUUAAAAAAGAGAGUGAGAAAUCUUUUAGGGAAGAAAAAAUAAAAGAUUUAAAAGAAGAAAGAGAGAAUAUAGCCACAGAAAAAGAAACAGAAUCAAGUACUUUGGAUAUAAGUGCCAAAGAGGAACUUAUGGGAUUAUGUUCAGUAGAAAAGGAAAUAGAUAUUGAAAAACAAGAAAAGUAUAUAAAGGAAAGUAAGGAAAAAUCUGAGAAACGAUUUCAAACUAAAGAAAAGGACACUGAGAAGACAGAUAGAAAAAAUUCUGAAAAAGAGAAGAAAAUAAAACAUGAUCAUAAGUCAGAGAAAGAGAAAUUAGAUCUUAGUGAAUGUGCAGAUAGAAUAAAAGACAAGGACAAACUAUAUUCACAUCACACAGAAAAAUGUUAUAAAGAAGGUGAGAAGAUAAAAAAUAUUACUACCAUUAAAAAAACUGAUGACAGAAAGAAAAGUAGAGAAAAGCUGGAUAGAAAACAUGAGAAAGAAAAACCUUUUGAAAAAGAGAGGCACCCAGUGGAAAGCAAAGAAAAGUACUUGAUUGAGAAAAAAAAUAGACAGUCAGAUAUUAAUGAAUACAUUAAAUCAGAAAAAGGUAAAAAUAAAGAAAAAGACAAGGAGACAGAUAAGAGGGAAAAAUCUAGAGAUAAAGAAAGUAUAAAUAUAAGUAACUAUAAACAUUUACAGGAAGAUAAAAGGUCAGGUAUAGCAGACAGUAGUAAAGCACAACAUGAAAAAUCCAUAUCCCUUAAAGAAAAAACAAAAGAUGACCCUCUGAAGACUCCAGAUGGAAAAGAAAAAGAUAAAAAAGAUAUAGACAGAUACAAAGAAAGAGACAAACAUAAGGAUAAAAUUCAAAUGAAUAGUUUACUCAAACUAAAAUCUGAAAUAGAUAAGUCUAAACCGAAGUCAUUAGUGCCAUCAAAAGAUUCUAGACCUAAAGAAAAGAGAUUAGUCAAUGAUGAUUUAAUGCAAACAAGCUUUGAACGAAUGUUAAGCCUUAAAGACCUAGAAAUAGAACAGUGGCACAAGAAACAUAAGGAAAAAAUUAAGCAAAAAGAAAAGGAACGGUUGAGAAAUCGUAAUUGUUUAGAACUUAAAGUAAAAGAUAAAGAAAAAACAAAGCAUGCACUAGCUGAAUCCAAAAAUAAAGAAUUAACUAGGUCAAAGAGUUCAGAGCUAACUGAUACUUAUACUAAGGAGAAACAAUCUAAAGAUACUGUAAGUAACAGAUCACAGUCUCUCGACACCAAAAAUACAGGGAAAUCAACUUCUGUUUCAGACACUAGCUUAAAUCGGUCUCCUAGAUCAGAAAGUGAAAAACCAGGUCUCAGCUCCAGAUCUGUAUCCAUGAUUUCAGUUGCUAGCUCAGAAGAUUCCUGCCACACUACAGUGACGACCCCAAGGCCUCCAGUUGAGUAUGACUCUGACUUUAUGGUAGAGGGUUCAGAUUCCCAAAUGUCCUUUUCCCAGUCACCAUUUUUGUCAAUUGCCAAAUCUCCUGCCCUUCAUGAAAGAGAAUUGGAUAACCUGGCUGAACUGUCGGAGCGGAUUAAACCAACAUAUGCAAACAGACUUCCAACAUCCCAUCUCAGGUCAUCUUCUAUAGAAGAUACUAAACUAAUUAUACAUGAGGGUAGACCUACUGUAGAAGUUCGAAGAUGUAGCAUCCCAUCUGUCAUUUAUGAACAUGCAAAGCAAUUCCAAACAAUAUCAGAAGAAAGUAAUCAAGGUACUUUACUAUCUAUGCCAAAAGACAUUUGCCCUUCUCCCAAACCUGAGGUAUCUUCAAAUGUGCCUGAAAGAGAUCUUUCAAGUGUGUCCAAUAUACAUUCCAGUUUUGCAAUUUCUCCAACUAGAACUUUAAACAGCAAAUAUAGUUCAGCUGAUACAAAUGUUAUCAAAACUACUACCCCAAUAUGCAAUUUAAUAGAAAACCCUGUGCAUUUAGAGCCACCUAACCAGGUUGGUGUAAUCCAAAAUAAAUCAUGGGAGAUACCUGUUGACAGACUAGAGUCGUUAAACACCAAUGACUUUAUGUACUCAAAUUCUAGUACACUUGUUCAAGAUUCCUCUAGUCAGGAUUUCUGUCCUUCUGAAAACAAAAUAUUGAAAGAAGAGAAUUCUGGUUUUGCAUCUCUGCUCCAGAUUGAACUGCCAGGAAAUUCUUGUGUUCAGGAUCCAGCAUCCUUUAUGCCUUCACAACCACCUUGCUCUUUCCACAGCCAGUCACUUUCAGAUACUGAACCGACUUCUAAACAUACAUCUUUGUCAUAUGCUGCCAAUCAAGAACCAGGUGUUUUACAAUUGAAAAAUUCAGUUCAAAUUAUCAGUUCUGUUUUAGAUACUGAUAAUGAAUCUAUAAAAGAUAUGGAAAAUACUUUUGUCCCAGCAGAUGUCCCAAAGAUGGAUGCGUUUGUCUCAGUGUAUUCUGAAAACACCAUUCCAGAAGCAUCACUAACCUUUGAGAAAGGUAAUACUUUGCCUGUGUUACCAGAAAAGGACUACAAUGAAAAUGAUGAGUCUUCCCAGCUAAAUGUACAUUAUUCAUUUAGCAAACUGAUAAAGUCUUCCAGAAGCCUUGAGGUUGAACAUAGCACAACUGAUAUUCAGGAUAUUUCACAUGACAAAGGAAAUAAGCUAGAGAGUUUCAUUUUAACUAAUUUGAAUGAUAAGAGUGGUUCUGAUUUAUGUGAAAUGAAUGCCUCUGCAUUUGGUAUCUCUAUGCCAAAAGAAAACCUAAAUGAACAAGAUAUUCCAAAGCAUUGUCCUGAAAGUGAAAAGUGUUUAUUUUCUAUUGAAGAUGAGGAAUCUGAACAAAGCAUUUUAACAAACCUAGAAAACCAUUCACAACAAUCAAUUCCGGCAGAAAUCCAUAAAUAUAGUCAAUUUGUUAAAAUAGAAAUAGAAGAAAACACUGAAGAUGAUAAAACUGAAAAUCAGAUUCCUCAAAGGGUAACUAGAAACAAAACAACUACAAUGACAAGUCAAAGCAAACAGUUUCUUGCUGGCUGUACACUGUUGUCAGAAAAAGACAAUGAAUCUUCAUCUCCUAGAGGAAGAAUAAGAUUAACUGAAGAAGAUGAUCCUCAAGUUCAUCAUCCACGGAAAAGGAAAGUGUCUCGUGUUCCUCAACCUGUCCAAGUGAAUCCCUGUUUACUACAAGCUAAAGAGAAAACUCAGCAAUCUCUGGCAGCCAUCGUAGAUUCUUUGAAACUAGAUGAGAUUCAGCCAUACAGUUCAGAGAGAGCAAAUCCAUAUUUUGAAUACUUGCACAUAAGGAAAAAAAUUGAAGAAAGGCGUAAAUUAUUGUGCAGUGUUAUUCCUCAAGCACCUCAGUAUUAUGAUGAAUAUGUGACAUUUAAUGGAUCUUAUCUCCUGGAUGGCAAUCCCUUAAGCAAGAUUUGUAUUCCCACAAUUACACCACCACCUUCCCUGUCAGAUCCACUUAAAGAGCUGUUUCGGCAACAGGAAGUUGUAAGGAUGAAACUACGUUUGCAACACAGUAUUGAAAGGGAAAAACUCAUUGUAUCCAAUGAGCAGGAAGUUCUCCGAGUGCACUAUAGAGCAGCCAGAACAUUGGCAAAUCAAACACUGCCAUUUAGUGCUUGUACUGUUUUGCUGGAUGCAGAAGUAUACAAUGUUCCACUGGACUCUCAGUCUGAUGACAGUAAGACUUCAGUGAGGGAUCGCUUUAAUGCAAGACAGUUUAUGUCUUGGUUACAAGAUGUAGAUGAUAAAUUUGAUAAAUUAAAGACUUGUCUUUUAAUGAGGCAACAACAUGAAGCUGCGGCCUUAAAUGCAGUUCAGAGAUUAGAAUGGCAGCUCAAACUCCAGGAACUGGAUCCUGCUACCUACAAAUCCAUCAGCAUUUAUGAAAUCCAGGAGUUUUAUGUUCCCCUUGUAGAUGUUAAUGAUGACUUUGAAUUGACUCCUAUAUAA